GGAGGCAGGCUAAAUCCUCACACCAUUAUUAUCAGGACUCACAUGCAGCCCCUCCUGUGAUGGAGUGAGAGGAGAUAGAAAGAGAUAAAGAAAAGAUGGAGUUAAAGAGGAAAUGGAAAGCAGGAUUACUGGUGUGACAGCACCGGCAGAUGAGCGGCAGCGCAACGGUGAGGGAGAGAGAGAAACUCUGGUGGAAAAAAAAAAAGAAAAAGACAAAUCAGUGCAACAGGAUGAGGACCUGCUAGUGCACAGCCGGCCCGACCCCGCAGACCUGCCAUCUGUCCCGCUGUUCUCUCCGUGUUCCUGACGCUGCCACCAGCAACCAACAUCUGGAUCACCUCGCUUCCAUAUGGGAAAAAGGGCAAGGGGGGCCAGAAAACCCAAAUCUUACUCUCAUCCUUUUUGAUCACACAGGACCCGAGAAGGCUCAUCAUCACCGGGGGGAUCCCUUACUGCGGAAUACCACCACCUACGGGGGGGCUGAUAACUGGACCUAAGGAGGGGAAAACUUUUCCUCCAAACAUGCAGAGGCGUGCACAGGACCCUUUCCUCAUCUGUCUGUGAGAUUUUUCUAACUUCCCAUGGAUCUGUUCUGUCUCUUACCCCUGAGCAGGGAGAGGGAAAAGGAGACAGAGGAGGUGGAGAGGGGGAGAAAGGAGGAGACGGCGGGGAAGCGUCACCGCCGCUGCUGCUGAAGUGUUACCGGCGUUUGUGCUCCUCCGCUGAAGAGGCAUUUUAUCACUCUUCCUCCCCCCCUUUCGCUCCUCUCCUCAUCCGACCAGCGGGGAGCCUGAGGGAUGCAGACGGAGAGCUAAACACAGUGGGUUUAUGCACACAUGCACGCAAAACACACACAAACAGUGGCUGGCUGCUCAUCUAGGGGCUCCCGCACCUCUCGUCUUCUGUCACCCUGCUUUUCCCUCACUUUCCUUUCCUCUCCUUUCCCAUUUUGAUGUCCUGUCUUCACCUUCAUGACCACUUGUAAAUGUGUUCACUGUGACACGCGCAGAAAAAGAGAGAAGUGAGAGAAGGGGCGAAGAGAGUGAGGAGUUGAAAAGAAAGAUUUUUCUGGAGAAGCAGGGAGAUCACAUACGCUUGCUGUCACGUUGUGAAGUCCUCCAGGGGAGUGUGCAGACAUCCAAAGCUGCCAAACGCACUAACACACACACAGACAACUCACUCGCUCUCACACAGAGACUUGGUAUAAAUGCGUACUCCUACAGGUGCUGAGAGGGGAGAGAGGCAGGUGAAAACUGAGUGAAAAGGAAAGAAACAGAAAUAGAGAGAAAAGACAUUUGGAGGGAAGCAGCCAGGGGAACGAUGGAGCAGCGGGAGUUCAAGUUGGAUGACGGCAGAAAGCACAGGCAGUAGGCUGCCAACAUGGCCAUUCCCAGGGGACAUCCUCCUCCCUCUCCUUGGCCUCCCCUCCUCCUCCUCCUCCUCUUUCUCCUCCUCCUCAUCUCCUCCCCGCUCCCCCUGCAGGCCCGGCCGCUCCUCGUCCACCCGUCAAUCAACGUGGCGGUGGUGUUCAGCGGCUCCAGUUACCAGAACGAGGUCAGAGGUCGCCUCAGCGGGGAAAACUUUGUCGACCUGCCCGUGGUGGUCAGCCCAGUGACCGUGCUGGUCAACGACACCAACCCCCGUGACCUUCUGACACGCCUCUGCGAUACUAUGGCAACAGAGAGACUGCACGGCGUGGUGUUUGAGGAUGAUGUGGGCUCGGGUGCUGGGGCUCAGGUGGCAGAAGUGGCACAGAUCCUGGAUUUCCUCUCCACUCAGACAGCUCUGCCAAUCGUGGGCAUCAGUGGCGGCUCUGCAGUUGUCAUACCAUACAAGGCUGAGGGAUCCUCCUUCUUGCAGAUGGGAGCGUCUCUGGAGCAGCAGAUUGUCUGCAUGUUCAAGCUGAUGGAGGAGUAUGACUGGGGCGAGUUUGCGGUGAUCACCAGUUUGCUGCCGGGCUACGACACCUUUGUGGAUAUAGUUGAGUCGUACACAGAUACCUCGUAUUUCCUGUGGAAUCUACAGGAUAUCUUGUCUCUGGAAAUGUCUGUUGGGUCUAACGAUGCGAGGACCAAACGCAUGCUGCAGCAGGUGGACUCUCAGGUCCUGCUGGCGUAUUGCUCCUAUGAGGAGGCGCAGUACUUGUUUCGUCAGGCAGCUGAGGUAGGUCUGCUGGGGCCAGGCUACAUCUGGAUCCUCCCCAGUCUGGCCGUGGGCAACCCCGACAGCCCUCCACCUGACAGCUUUCCUAUCGGUGUUAUUGGAGUGAUUACGGACCAGUGGAGGAAGAGCUUGCGGCAGAGGGUGAGGGAAGGUGUCGCCAUUGUAGCGAAAGGUGCCGAGAGCUUCAAGAAGCAGUAUGGUUUUAUUCCUGAGGGACAUGGUGACUGCAACAAGCCGGCAAAACUCUCAGACAACAAUACUCUGUUCAGAAACAUGCUGAAUGUGACAUGGGAAAGGAAAGAUCUGUCAUUCAACAACCAAGGCUUCCUCUCCAACCCUUCGAUGGUCAUCGUUGCUCUGGAUCGGGAGAGACUCUGGGACAAGGUGGGUACGUUCGCUCGGGGGAUCCUUCAGGUUCGCUACCCAGUCUGGCCUCGAUAUGGCAGCUUCCUGGAGCAAGUGUCUGAUGACCGUCACCUAACCGUGGCCACACUGGAGGAGCAUCCCUUUGUCAUGGUCGAGAAUGUGGACCCGGGAACUGGCACGUGUGUCCGCAACACGGUGCCCUGCAGGCGCCAGUCCAAUCGCACAGAGAGUAUUAUCGGCCACUCAGAGUCCUACACCAAACUGUGCUGUAAGGGCUUUUGCAUCGACAUCCUGAAGAAGCUGUCCCGCACCAUCAAGUUCUCCUAUGACCUCUACCUGGUCACCAACGGAAAACACGGCAAGCUGGUCCGUGGGACUUGGAACGGCAUGAUUGGGGAGGUGUUUUAUAGACGAGCUGAUAUGGCCAUUGGCUCUCUCACUAUCAACGAGGAGCGUUCGGAAAUCAUUGACUUCUCCGUGCCGUUUGUUGAGACAGGUAUCAGUGUCAUGGUAGCCCGCAGCAAUGGGACAGUUUCCCCGUCUGCCUUUCUCGAGCCCUACAGCCCAGCAGUUUGGGUCAUGAUGUUUGUGAUGUGCCUGACCGUGGUGGCGGUGACAGUUUUUGUGUUCGAAUACCUCAGUCCAGUCGGCUACAACCGCAGUCUGGUCAGCGCCAAAUCUCCUGGAGGUCCGACGUUCACCAUCGGGAAGUCAGUGUGGCUGUUGUGGGGCAUCGUCUUCAACAACUCGGUUCCUAUUGAAAACCCUAAAGGAACAACCAGUAAGAUCAUGGUCCUGGUCUGGGCCUUCUUUGCUGUCAUCUUCUUGGCCUCUUACACUGCCAACCUGGCUGCCUUCAUGAUCCAGGAACAAUAUAUCGACACAGUGUCUGGGCUCUCUGACAAGAAGUUCCAGAAACCACAUGAACAUUACCCUCCUUUCCGCUUCGGGACGGUCCCAAACGGGAGCACAGAGAGGAACAUCCGCAGCAACUACCCCGACAUGCACACACACAUGAUGAAAUACAACCAGAAGGGGGUGGAAGAAGCUCUAGAAAGCCUCAAAACCGGCAAGCUUGACGCCUUCAUCUAUGAUGCUGCUGUUUUGAACUACAUGGCGGGUAAGGAUGAGGGCUGCAAGCUGGUAACCAUCGGCAGCGGGAAAGUGUUUGCCACCACGGGAUACGGCAUCGCUCUGCAGAAGGACUCCCGCUGGAAACGGCCUAUUGACCUGGCGCUGCUGCAGUUCCUCGGAGACGGCGACACCCAGCGCUUGGAGACUGUGUGGUUGUCGGGCAUCUGCCAGAACGAGAAGAACGAAGUGAUGAGCAGCAAGCUGGACAUCGACAACAUGGCGGGCGUCUUCUACAUGCUGCUCGUGGCCAUGGGCCUUAGCUUGCUGGUCUUCGCUUGGGAACACCUGCUUUACUGGAAACUACGACACUCGCUCCACAAGUCUCACAAACUUGACUUCAUGUUGGCCAUCAGCAGGGGUAUUUACAGUUGUUUCAAUGGAGUGGAGGAUACUGGCCGCUCAUCUGGCUUUGCUAAACCUGACCUGACCUCCAACUACGCUCAAGCAAACAUGCUAAAGAUGCUUCGCACUGCCAAAGACCUGGUCUCCACUGCCAAUGUUGAGACCUCUCUGGACAACGCCACCAAGACCAUAGAGCAGCUGAGUCGUCACGGUGGCAGCUUGCCUGUUCGUAUUCCACAAGUCGCUACAGAGGCUGUGCCAGGAGGAUUUGCUUACGUUACGGAGAAUCACUGCUCACUGCCCCAGCGCUCCAUAACCCCGCCUCUGGCCGCUGUUACCUCUCUGAAACAGCAGAGGGGUGUGACCAGGCCAACGCCACUGCGCUACACACUACCAACUCACUCUUCUUCGUGUCUGUAUGACCGGCCACUUCCUGUGUCUAGCCUCAGCAGCCCCCACCUGGCCGUGGGUGAGCCGCUCCCUCAUCAGCACCCGCACCACUACCAGACCACUGGGAGACUCUACGUUGACACCCAUCCUCACUCGCCCUUCAUCCCCUACGCCGAUCUCCAACUACCUGACAUCUACACUUCUCACCCGGUCUCCUCGCCUCAAAACCAGCACGUCCAAGCAGGCUUUUCCAGGCGGAAACGAAGGUCCAAGAGUUUCCAGUGUGAGGAUGGGGAUGUAGAGAGGAGAAAACACAGGGACCAGGAAAAGAGUGACAAGAGUCCCGUCUGUCUGAGUGAGCUCAAAGCCAACCACCUCCAAGACAACCACAUCUCCCCCAGCGUCGACAGCAUCUACUCAGGGGAGGUGAUGUGUCCUCGGGUAGAGAACUACAGCUCCUGGCCCCCAGAGGACCUCAUGCUGAGAGGUAGACGCAGGCACCGCCGCCCCUCUUUCCUUAAAGCGACUUGGGGCAGCGAGCAGAUGCGCCAGCUUGACGAAUCCCAGUCAUCCUUGUCCAGCCAAUCACCUUCCACCCUGCCAGACCUGUUCCCAUGCAUACUUACACCAACCACACCUGCAAAGGCCUACAACCCUUCCCACCUUCGAAACAACCUGUGCCUCCCACGGAACCAGGCCUACCUCCACAUAAGGGAGGACCAGAGGAGGCCCCUGGGGCGUAAGGGCCAGAGGCUGCGUUACUCCCACUCGGCCCACCUCCCCACAUACGGAGAAGCAGUGCGACACGGGACUGGGUUAGGGCGGGGGAUGGUACGGAGAGCUACCAGUUUGCUCAGCAGACAAUACGCCCACUACCUGAACUCAUACCCUGGACUACCCCUCUACCACGGCCCCCUAGACCUGCAACAGCACAGCCAGGCCUCCAGCAGCCACCCGAGCCCCAGCCCAGUGUGCCAGCUGUUGGCUUGUGGGGGCGGGAGAUGUGGAAGCCAGCGGGCUCUGCUGUACCAGGAUAGCGUGUAUGGGGCCUAUGGGGUUUAUCAGGGAUCCCAGACUGGAUCAGAGGCCAAGGUAGGUCAGGGAGCAGGGGGUCAACCCAUGGGGAGCCCCUGCGUACUUCGUCCCUGGCGACGGGUGUCCAGUCUGGAGUCUGAGGUCUGAUGAGAAACCAUAUCGACCUCAUAAGAUGGACACAGAGGAGUAACAAAGGACAAGACUGUAGAGAGGGAGUAGUGGUUAGAUUAAUGUAAGAGGGAAACGUUAUGACUUGAGGUAAUUGUGGAUUUUCUAUGUGACUUUGUGUGGUAAAGAAUAGAAGUUUGGGUCUGCAAAUUUUACAGAUCUUUAGGACUUAUUUGAUGUACACUACAGUAAGAUAAAAAGACUGCACUGUUACCAAUUUAUCCUCAAGAAAGUUCUGGAAAGCUGGAAUUGGCAGGUUUUGCUCACUUGCUACUUUCCUACGACAACGCUUGUGUGUUUUCUGUGCUUCGAUGUGCACUCAGAUUUACAACAGUCCACGGUGUUGGCGCAUGGUUAAACUAUAACCAGAGUUUUCAUGCUGUAUGUGUGUUGUGUAUAUUUUAUUGUGGAUGGUUGGGAUUCAGUCUUGGGUGUCGUCAAGUAGAUGAACCGUUUACAGCUGGGGAGAAAUAGUAGAGGAAUAAGGGAUUGUCUCUUUAAAUACAGCCACCAAAAAACAAGCAGCCACUGUAGCAAGAUUGGUGAAGACAGCUGCGACGUACACAUGAAGAGUUUAAUUCCAAAAUAAGACAUUCAAUAUUAAAACAUUUUGACUCCAGACACAGAAGAGCAGCAGUUUUCUAGAAUGAAAUAAUCAUUUUGAGACAUCUGUUAAUGAAUUUCAGGUAACUUCUUCAAAGAUUUAUAAUUUUUUGGAGCUAAACCCUUCAAGUCUUCAUUUAGUGAUGAGUCAGAGGAAGCAGAGACUUUUUGAAAGCAGUCCAUAUGAACACAAUCUGCAAUGAUGAAAGUAUUGGGACAGCACUGACCAGCACUAGGUGUCUUAAACUAUGGAUUCUUGUUCCUCACUGGGUCUCAGUAUGAGGCUACAGUACAGCACAACAUCACACAGGGCCUCACAAUAAAUAAAUUCAGCAUCUAAAUACUAUAUCGAUAUAGAUAAAAUGUGUUAUUUGAGGCUGGUUAGUGUCAUAAACAUGUAUUCUACAUAUGAUAGGAAUUUAUAGUCACUUAAAAUUUUCUAUUCACACUUCUGGCACAUUCUUUGUUUUUCUUUUUGUAAAGCUGUUGCCAAUUUACUGAAAUAUUUGUUAUUACUGUGUUAACUCUAUCAGUUGGCCUAUAUUAAGAUUUUCAUCACUUUCUCUAUUCCACUCUUUUAUAUUCCCUCAUCAUCCCUCUUUUCCCAUCCCCUCUAACUGUUAAAUGAUCAAAUUUAAAUGAGGUAAUUGAAAGCUAUUCUAGUAUCUAUAUUACCUGGCUCCCUCACCCUGUAAUUAAUCACUUAGACCAAUUAAAGAGCCUUUUUGGAUGAACA